CAGCCAGGGGACAUGGCAGGGCGGGGGAGCCCUGGCCUGCUCUGCCCACCACAGAGGUGACGGCUCAGAGCCAUGUCAUCAGGCCAGCAGGUGUGGCACACGGCAGUGCCAUGUCCCAGCCAUAGCAACCCCAUGGACAAUGGCCCGGCCAGCAGCCCAAGGACCCCCAGCCUGGCCAGCAGCCCCAGAACCCCCAGCCAGAACAGCAGCCCCUGGUUACGUGAGCGCAUCACCAGUCCUGGGGCCCCCCACCAGAACAGCAGUCCCGGGACCCCCCACCAGAACAGCAGUCCUGGGACCCCCCACCAGAACAGCAGCCCCUGGUUUCCAGAGCGCAUCACCAGUCCCAGGGCCCCCCACCAGAACAGCAGUCCUGGGACCCCCCACCAGAACAGCAGACCCUGGUUCCCCGAGCGCAUCACCAGCCCUGGGGCCCCCCGCCAAAACAGCAGCCCCCACUUCCCCAGCCCGUCCAGCAGCCCCAGGUCCCCCGGCACCCCUGGCUCCGAGAGGGUGGCCUCCCCGCUGGAGUGCUCCAUCUGCUUUAACGGCUACGACAACAUCUUCAAGACCCCCAAGGAGCUGUCCUGCACUCACGUUUUCUGCCUGGAGUGUCUGGCACGCCUGGCGGCGGCACAGUCCACAGGCCAUCCGGGCAGCGAGGCCGUUCCCUGCCCCUUCUGCCGGCAGCCCACGGCCGUGCCCCCGGCUGGCGCCCCUGCGCUGCGCACCAGCCACCAGCUGCUGGCCAAGAUGCCCGCCCACCUGCGGCGGGAGCAGCACGUCUGGCUGGAGGGCACCAAGCUGUGCUGCCGCCCGCCACCAGGGCCCGCCGCGCCCGGCUGCCUGUGUGUGGAUGUGGGCCUGAGCAAGCCCCCUGAGCCCGCCUCACCCGCAUCGCCCCCCGGGCCUGCCCACCCCCGCGGCCGCCUGGCCCGCUGCUGGGCGCGCUGCAGGGACUGGCGGCGCGUGGCCCUCGUCGCGACGCUGCUGCUCGUGCUCUUCUGCGUCGUGCUCUGGCCCGUGCAGUGCGCGCUCAAGACCGGGAACCUGCACUGCGAGCCACGGCGCCCCGCGGCCCUCCCCACCGCGCCGCCCUUCGGGGCCCUGGCCGGCAGCUAGGCCGCCCCGCAGCUCACCGUCGCCAACACCCCUCUCUCUGGCUGGGCCCUGGCGGGUGGGGAAAGGGCCCCAAGGCCUCUCCGAAUCACAGGCUCCUCUGGGCCCCAGAGGCCACCCCUCCAACUCCCAUCACACAGAUGGGGAAACUGAGGCUGGCAGAACAGCCUGGAGGCGCCGCCACGUCCCCCACACACGCUGUUGAGGGGAGGGCCCGCCUCGGCUUUCUUUUCACAUUUCACCCCUGGGCUCCCCCAGCCCCCUUUCCCGGGCAGGCGCGGUCCCUCCCGCGGGUGGGGGUGCUAAGCCUGCCCUUGACCACGAUUAGGGCGGAAAUUCCCAGAGGCCCCUCCCUUGCUCCC